AUGGCUGACCAGGACGUGGAUAUGCCCAUUGGCGAGUUUGAUAUCCCCUAUGAGGAAGAUCUAUUGCGCAAUCCAUACUCGCUUCGCGGCUGGCUUCGAUACAUUGAUCACAAACGCACUGGCACCCUUCAAGAGUUGACAUUCAUCUACGAACGCGCAUUAAGAGAAUUGCCUGGUUCCUACAAGCUGUGGAAGCACUACCUCGAUUUGCGUCGUGAAAAGCUUACAGGCGUGAGUCCCGUAAAGUACGCUUCUCAAUACACAGCUGUCAACAAUGCAUACGAACGCGCUUUGAUCCUCCUCAACAAGAUGCCUCGAAUUUGGUUGGAUUAUCUUGAGUUUCUCAUGUCACAACCUUGCCUUACAAAGACACGCCGCACCUUUGAUCGUGCUCUUCGCGCCCUUCCAGUAACCCAGCAUGCACGUAUCUGGGAAGUAUACACCAAGUUUGCCGAGAAAGCAGGUGGUGAGACUACAAUUCGUGUGCUACGUCGUUAUAUCAAGUUGGAACCAUCCUACAUUGAAGCCUUUAUUGAGCAAUUGAUGGAACAAGAACGAUACGAUGAAGCAGCAUUGAAACUUGCCUCUAUUGUCAAUGACACCAAAUAUCAGUCUACACGCGGCAAAUCACAUUAUCAGCUAUGGCAAGAACUCUGUGAGCUUAUGGUGAAUCAUUCGACUGAAAUCAAAAGUCUCAAGGUGGAGCCCAUCAUUCGCAGCGCCAUCAAACGGUUCACAGAUCAAGUUGGUAUGCUGUAUUGUCGAUUGGCAACAUAUUGGAUCAACAUGAGUCAGCUGGAAAAGGCUCGUGACAUUUUCGAGGAAGGUAUCACGACAGUCCUGACGGUGCGUGAUUUCACUGCCAUCUUUGAUGCGUAUGCCGAAUUUGAAGAAGAGAUGAUCACAAUGAAGAUGGAAAUGGCGGCUGAACGUGAAGCAGCGGGUGAAAAGGACGAAGAAGAGGAUUUGGAUUUGGACAUGCGUUUGUUACGUUAUGAGCGAUUGAUGGAUCGACGACCGUUCCUGGUGAACGAUGUGCUGUUACGACAAAACCCCAACAAUGCGAUGGAAUGGGAGAAACGAGUGGCACUUUGGGGCAACAAUAAGGAAAAGGUGGUGGAGACUUACACCCAAGCGAUCCAAACCAUCAAUCCCAAACGGGCCCACGGCAAAUUGCACGAGCUUUGGGUCAAAUUUGCAAAGUUUUAUGAAGAAGGCGGUGAUCUCGAUGGAGCAAGAGCUAUCUUUGACAAGGCUGUCAAGGUCAAUUACAAGACUGUCAAUGAUUUGGCUGAAGUAUGGUGCGAAUAUGCAGAGAUGGAAACACGGCAUGACAACUUUGAUCAGGCAUUGGAGGUCAUGGCACGUGCUACUGUGGUGCCACGUAUACCAGGUGUCAAUCCAAAGACAAUCAACUAUCACGACGAAUCUUUGCCUGUUCAACAACGUGUAUUCAAGAGCAUGACACUCUGGGGCUUUUAUGUGGAUCUGGAAGAGAGCGUGGGUACCGUGGAAAGUGCCAAAGCUGUCUAUGAUAAGAUCAUGGAUCUACGUAUCGCCAAUCCACAAGUGGUCGUCAAUUACAGCAAAUUCCUUGAGGAGAAUCAUUACUAUGAAGAGUCGUUCAAGGUGUAUGAGCGUGGUAUCGAGAUCUUUGGAUGGCCCAUUGCCUUUGAAUUAUGGAACAUUUAUCUUCAGCGAUUCAUGGAGCGUUAUGGUGGUUCCAAAUUGGAAAGAGCCCGCGAUCUUUUCGAACAAGCACUUGACAAGUGUCCACCCAAGUAUGCCAAACCUAUUAUUCUCAUGUAUGGUAAAUUGGAGGAGGACCAUGGCCUUGCUCGUCAUGCUAUGCGUAUCUAUGAUCGGGGUACUAGAGCAGUCUCGGAUGAGGAUCGGUUGGAGAUGUUCAACUACUACAUUGCCAAAGCCACAGCAUCAUUUGGCAUUGUGGCAGCUCGUGAAAUUUAUGAACGUGCCAUUGAAGCUUUGCCAGACAAGGAUGUACGACCCAUGUGUCUCAAGUAUGCAGAAUUGGAACGAAAGUUGGGUGAGAUUGAUCGUGCAAGAGCUAUUUACGGUUACGCAUCUCAAUUCUUUGAUCCCAAGAAUCAACCCAGCUUUUGGCAAACAUGGCAUGACUUUGAAGUACAACAUGGCAACGAAGAUACCUUCAAGGAGAUGCUCCGAAUCAAGCGUAGUGUACAAGCACAAUAUCAAAGUGCAAUGUAA